AGCGAGACCGGUUGAAGCACCGCAGCGCACACCAACACAAACACAAGCGAGUCCGGCUGAAGACCGCAGCGCAUCUCACUACAAUGAUUGGGUGUUCGGAUGUUUUUCCGUGAUUGGGUUUGUACGAGAGAAAAGGCGAGGUAGAGAAAAUGAUCACGUUGCUAGUGAUUGCUUGGAAUAGGUAGUUGUGGCUGACGACCACCAUGCUGUGGAUGCGAGACCGGUUGAAACACCGCAGCGCACACCACCACAAACACAAGCGAGUCCGGUUGAAGACCGUAGCGCAUCUCACUGCAAUGAUUGUAUGUUCGGAUGUUCUCCAUCAUUGAGUUUGUGAGAGGGAAGAAGCGAGGUAGAGAAAACGAUAACGUUGCUAGUGGUGGCUCGGAAGAAAUAUUAGUGGCUGACGAUCAUCAUACUGUGGAUGCGAGACCGGUGGAAACACCGCAGCGCACACCAACACAAACACAAGCGAGUCCGGUCGAAGACCGUAGCGCAUGUCACUGCAAUGAUUGCGUAUUCGGAUUUUUCCCGAGUUUGGGUUUGUGAUAGGAUGAGGUGAGGUAGAGAAAAUGAUCAAGUUGCUAAUGAUUGCUUGGAAGAGGUGACAAUAGAUAAUCAUGAAUGAUUAUAACGAAUGAAUCGAUGCCAAACCAUUAAAGUAUUUUGGGGCAUAUGAUAACACUUUUUUUAUUUGUAUGAGAGAGGAAUCAUACGUAGGUGAAAAUUGCUUCGCUCUCUAGCGAACAUUGUAUACACUGCUUUUCGUCAUAAGGAUGUUCACUAAUUUGAGGUCAUGUUUCAUAUUACAGAUGGAAUCGGACAAGGACUGGCCAUUGGACCCGUUUAACGGUUCGGUCGAUCCUUCAGACCUGCGUAGAGAAUGGGAGGAGUGGUUCAGAGCAUUUGAACUGGUUUUGGAGCUCAGAAAAAUUACAUCGCAACAUGAGAAACUCAUUCUCCUCUUGGCACGGGGAGGUCGAGGUCUUCAGCGCAUUUAUUACAAUUUACGACCAGUAGCUGACGAAGUGCACCCGGAGCCGGUACAGGUCCCGCUAAUGCCACCCGAGACACCCGAGUAUGACAACGCGGUCAAACGUCUUAACAACUUCUUUAUCGGAAAACGGAACGAGCGGGUCGAGUUAGAAGUGUUUCGUUCAUUGAAGCAAUCAUCCGACGAGUCAUUCAGUCAUUUCAUCCUGAAGCUGCGCACGCAGGCAGCACGGUGUGAUUUUCGAUCUCGCGAAGAAGUUGAAAUUUUGCAUCAAGUAGCAAUGGGUGCUCGCGACGAACGGGUCAGAGACAAGGGACUGGAGGAUUCUAUGUCUUUAGAUGACUUGACUAACUACGCGAUGAACAGAGAAAUGCUACAGAAACAAAAGGAGAAAGUACGGCAAUUCAAGAACGACGAAGAUGCUGGCCGCUUGACAGUGGCUACCGUUAAGCCGGACUGGAGGAAGAAGCCAAGACCAUCAGCUGUUGGAUUCCGUGAGAGACGUUGGAACCAGGACAAGCGCGGUGAGGUGGAAUGCGAGAAUUGUGGUUCAUGGAAGCACCAGAAGCAUUCACGCGAAUGUUCUGCCCGAGCAGCCCGGUGCAACAAUUGCGGACGUCUGGGUCAUUACGCAAGGAAGUGCAGAUCAGGAAGAAACAUUCGUACAAGCAACAAUCAAUUCAGCAGGCGCAAGAUCAGCGAAGCGAAUUCAUUGCGGGAGGAAGAUCGCUACUGCAAUCGUGAACGAUCCGAGGAGGUUUCAUCCCGACGCAGAUCACCGGAAGCACUGAAGGUAUACACGAUAGAUGAAGGAGUGAUAACCUGCAAAAUAGAUGAAUCUCCUGUGAAGUUCUUAAUAGACUCUGGUGCGGCCAUAAACACAGUCACUGAACAGGAUUGGAAGAACCUCUUGAACAGUGGGGCGAGAAUACAUAAAAAACGAUAUGAUUACAGCCGACAAUUCACAGCAUACGCAACCCAAGAACCAUUGCAAGUCCUCGUAAUCUUUGAAGCUUGGGUUUCUAUUAACGACACCAAGCCCAAAAGUUACUCUGAGUUUUUUGUCAUCCAGGGAGCAAAAAGGUCAUUAUUAUCCAAAAGAACUGCAGAAGAACUUAAAGUCUUGAAAGUUGGCCUUGAUGUCAUGAACGUCGAAGUUAAAGUUGACCCAUUCCCGAAAUUUCCGAAUGUGCGAGUCAGAUUAUCGGUUGAUCCAAACAUUCCUCCCCGGAAAAUCGCAUACUUGCGUAUCCCUGUUGCGAUGGAAGAAAAAGUGGACCAGAAAAUUCUCCAAAUGCUACAGAGCGAUGUCAUUGAACCUGCCGUUGGUCCUCCAGAAUGGAUUUCACCCAUGGUGGUGGUUCCGAAAGGAAAAAAUGAUAUUCGCUUGUGUAUUAACAUGAGAUACCCGAAUCAGGCCAUCCAACGUGAGCAUUAUCCGCUUCCCAUGAUAGAUACUCUGCUGAACAAGCUUCGUGGAUCAACGUACUUUUCGAAGAUCGAUAUCACGUCCGCCUUUCAUCACGUUGAGCUCCACCCUGAAUCUCGCGGAAUCACGACUUUCAUGACCAGCAGAGGGCUCAUGCGAUUUAAAAGACUCAUGUUCGGCAUCAACUGCGCCCCAGAGAUCUUUCAGCGGAUAAUGACAGAAAUGUUGGCGGGGAUCGAAGGGGUCAUAGUCUAUAUUGAUGAUGUUGUUGUUUCGGGAAGAAACCGUAAGGAACAUGACGCUCGAUUGCGGGAAGUUUUGGCCGUACUGGAAGAGAACAACGCAAUGCUGAAUAAGGAGAAAUGUGUGUUUGGCGUGGAGAGGCUAGAGAUUUUGGGGUACGAGGUCAGUGCGGCCGGUAUUAGUCCGUCAGAGGAAAAAGUAGUCGCGAUCCGAAACUUCAGAUGUCCAGAGACUAAAGAGGAGGUCCGAAGCUUUCUGGGUCUUGUAAACUUCAUUGGACACUUUAUUCCAGAUCUUUCGACUAGAACUGAGCCGUUGCGCAGAUUCAUUAGGGGGGAUGUUUCUGAAUUCGGCAAAGCUCAGCAAGAAGCAUUUGAAGAUUUGCGCUGUGAGAUAUCGAGCAAUGUUCGGAGACUAGGUUUCUUUGACCCAGCGGACACAACCGAACUAUUUGUCGAUGCGUCACCGGUCGGACUCGGAGCAGUUUUAACUCAAAAGGAUAGCGCUAAUUCAGCACGGAUCGUGAGCUUCGCUUCCAAAGGUUUAACCAAGGCUGAAAGAGUUUAUCCCCAAACUCAACGGGAAGCGCUAGCUGUAGUAUGGGCGGUUGAAAAGUUCUACCCAUAUUUAUUUGGAACGAAGUUCACCGUGUUCACCGAUCAUAAGACGCUGGAAUAUAUCUAUGAAGGAAAACACCAGUUCGGGAAGCGAGCAUGUACCAGGGCAGAAGGUUGGGCCUUGCGGCUUCAGCCUUAUGAUUUCACGGUUCAGCAUAUCCCCGGCCAUACCAACAUCUCGGACAUUUGUUCUCGUUUGUGUCCAGCCUCAGAAACACCCUUUGAUGAAACUACAGAACACUAUGUAUGCUCCAUCGGCGAAGUUCCAAAUGCCAUCACGCUUCAUGAGAUUCAAACAGAAACAUCUCUGGAUGAAACUAUGUCAGCAGUUAUCGAAGCCAUACGGACUCAAAAUUGGCCAAAGGAUUUGUUCCGUUACCAGGCGUUUGCAAAGGAAUUGGGAGUGAUCAAGGACAUAGUUGUCAGGGAAGAUAGAAUAAUUCUGCCACACAAACUGCGUUCCCGAGCAUUAGAGAUUGCUCAUCGAGGUCACCCUGGCAUUGUGGCAAUGCGCCGGAAUCUCCGUGAAAAGGUAUGGUGGCCCUGCAUGGAUCGAGACGUACAAGAAUACGUACAGCAAUGUGCAGGUUGUGCAGCUGUGAGUGGGUUGGAGGCACCGGAACCAAUGCAGCGAAAGUUGAUGCCGGAAAGAGCAUGGCAGGAAAUUGCAAUAGAUUUUUUCUCCGCCAAAGAAUGCGCAACGUUUCUGGUCCUUAUCGACUACUACAGUCGGUAUACGAAAGUUAUGGAAAUGAAAGGCACCACGGCGAGGAAGACUAUCGAAGCCCUGGAAAACGUGUUCAUCGAGCAAACAUAUCCUGAAACGAUUAGAUGCGAUAAUGGACCCCCGUUUUCAUCUGAAGAGUUCUCGCAAUAUUGCACCUCUAAAAACAUCAAACUUAGCAGGACGAUUCCAUACUGGCCGCAAAUGAACGGCCUGGUCGAACGGCACAACCGAGGCAUUUUGCGUGCACUCAGAAUUGCCAAGGCUACCAAAGAGGACUGGCGAAAGGCGAUCAGAGACUACGAGUAUAUGUACAACACGACGCCACAUUCUAUGACAGGGAAAGCACCUUUGGAGUUGUUAUCCGGAAGACCGAUCAAGGAUUUGCUUCCAUCAUUGCGGACAGAACCAUUCUGGACACGCGACGAAGAAACUCGGGACAGCGACGCCAUCAAGAAGAUGAAAGGAAAAAUCUAUUCUGACAAUCAGAGAGACGCGAAGGAAUCCAGAAUCGCGGUUGGUGAUGAGGUUAUGUUGAAGAACUAUGAAUCUGGAAAGCUGGAAGCAAACUUCAAGCUCGAGAAGUUUAAGGUUGUACGAAAAACGGGAAGUGAUGUCAUCGUUACGAAUGAGGAAGGGUUAACAUAUCGUCGCCCCGUGUCUCAUUUGAAAAAGUGGCCAUCCAUUCGUGAUUCACCAGUGGUUUUGGACGAAGCAGAAGAGUGUUCUCCGCAGACAUCGAAACCAGACCAGACCGGACCGGAAGUGUCUUCAAAUCCAGUAUGCAGCUCUAAGCAAAAUAAAAGGGUCCCCGGUGCUUCGGAUAAAUCUACAAUUGUACGGCCUAAACGAACAAAGAGGUUGCCAACAAGGUAUGACCCAAAAUUCGAAUGAACAGUGAAAAGCGAACAUUGAAUUUUUUUUUGUUGUUUUUUUUCUUACACCACAAAAAGGAUGUAGAGAUCAAAAGUUAAAUAAAACUGAAAUGUAUAUUUGCUUCAGUGUUUCAAUGACAAUGCGAUACUCGAUUCCCCUAGAGUUCUCCCCUGGACAAUGGUUGUGAUUUCGUAGAGGGAGAAAGGUAGAGGACUUGUGUGAGGCAUGAAAGGUCAGGCAUUGAGGGAGGCAGUGGAGUUCGAACCUUUGACGAGUGCGGAAGCUAGUGGCCACGCAGAUUGUGCGCUGAGAAGUUGGUCAGCGGAAUACGCGAAGGAAAGGUGGAGACAGAAGCGCUCGAGAUU